GCCGCCGGACUGGGCGCAAAGUUGGUGGGCGCGCUCCGCUCCUCCGCCUCCUCCUCUGCGCCCGCGUGCCGGGGAUGGCGCGGGCUCCCGCGGCCUGAGAUCCGGCGGGCGGGCGGGCAACAGCAGCGGCGGCGGCAGCAACCGGAGGGAGGUCCGGGAGCCCCCCGGACCCGGAGCGGAGCCCCUGCGCGGGUGGAGGAGGAGGAGGAGGAGGAAGAAGAGGAGGAGGAGGCAAGAUGUCCGCCCGAGUCGUCGCCUCCUCCAAGAGCACAACAAUGGAAGAAACUGCCAUAUGGGAACAACACACGGUGACGCUUCACAGGGCGCCUGGCUUUGGCUUUGGUAUCGCAAUAUCCGGUGGGAGAGACAACCCCCAUUUCCAGAGCGGUGAAACCUCAAUUGUCAUAUCAGAUGUGCUCAAAGGAGGCCCAGCGGAAGGGCUGUUGCAGGAGAAUGAUCGUGUGGCGAUGGUUAAUGGCGUUUCCAUGGAUAACGUGGAACACGCUUUCGCCGUCCAGCAGCUGAGAAAAAGUGGGAAAAAUGCCAAAAUUACCAUCCGAAGAAUGAAGAAAGUCCAUAUCCCAGUGACUCGGACGGAUCCUGACCCCGUCUCUGAAAACGACGAGGACAGCUACGAAGAGGAACUGCACGACCCCCGAGGUUCCCACGGUGCUACGAGCAGAAGGCACGAGAAGAGUUGGACGAGGGACCGGAGUGCAAGUCGAGAAAGGAGCGUGUCGCCACGGUCGGACCGGAGGUCCACGGCUUCCAGCCAACCCGCGAAACCCACGAAGGUCACGCUGGUGAAAUCGAGGAAGAACGAAGAAUACGGGUUGCGCCUGGCCAGCCACAUCUUUGUGAAAGAAAUUUCUCAAGACAGCUUGGCAGCCAAAGAUGGCAACAUCCAGGAAGGAGAUGUUGUGCUGAAGAUCAACGGGACUGUCACGGAAAACAUGUCCUUGACAGAUGCCAAAACCCUGAUAGAAAGGUCAAAGGGCAAGUUGAAAAUGGUGGUUCAGAGGGACGAGAGAGCAACCCUGUUGAACGUCCCCGAUCUUUCCGACAGCAUCCACUCGGCCAAUGCUUCGGAAAGAGACGACAUUUCAGAAAUUCAGUCGCUGGCAUCUGAUCAUUCCAACCGAUCCCAUGACAGGCCCCGUCGCAGUCGUUCACGAUCUCCUGACCAGGGGUCAGAACAAUCUCCACAGCAGCCCAACAAUGGCAGUCACCGGAGUAGAGAUGAUGAAAGAAUAACCAAGCCGGGAGCAGUUUCCACGCCUGUGAAGAAUGCGGAGGAAACGUCUCUAGCCAAAGCCGUAGAAGAAUCCGUAGCCGAGAAAAACGACAAGCAGACCCCACCACUUCCAGAACCGAAGCCCGUCUAUGCGCAGGUCGGACAGCCCGAUGUGGAUUUACCCGUCAGUCCCACCGAUGGCCCUUUACCAAACUCAACGCAUGAAGACGGGAUGCUUCGCUCACCCUACUACUACUACUACUACUACUACGACUACUACAUUGGUAGGGCUUCCGUACUGACCUAG